GGAUGAUACUGACUACCGAAGCAGUUCUCAACGGACGAGUGUCAGGUGCGCAUCCAAAGAAAAGAAAGGUUUCUUCGAGAUGCUUAAUCUGCGGUUUGCUAGUAUUCGUGAAAAUUUUAAUUUAACGUCGAUUUGUUUACUGUAUAUUAAAGUUUAUAAUUUAGAAUUUUUAUAUACAAUCGAGUGAUUUCAAGUGAUAUAAUAGAUCGGUAUAAGUUUUUAUAGAUGUAAUUGUUAGCUAUAUUGAGAUUAAAAAAUUAUAGUGAUUUAGAUAAGAAAAAGAUUGUGUAAUACUUUUGAACUAUGUUAAAUACGUAUAAUGAAUAUGGAACUGGACAUAAGAACUAAAAACAAGAGUAUUUAAAAUAUAUAAAACAUAUCGUUAAAUCGAAAUACACAUAAAAUCUUUUAACAAUUUCACGAUUGAGUUUAUAUUAAAUUUAGAAUAAUUUGCUAUUGAAUGAAGAUAGCAAAGUAAAUAAUUUGCAAUUACAUAACUGAACAGGAGUCAAUUAAAAUAUUCUAUGUCUACAUAUUUUGUUGCUACGUGGGUAUGAACGGCAAUGGUCGUUCGUAUCAGAUGACCGUGGCUAUUUAAAUCAUUAAAAGAUACGAAAUGAUCUCGAAGUAUCAUGACUAGAAAUUCGAUAUUUCUGGAUUCCAACACUCGAAGGAGCUACACGUAUAAACGUCAAUAGAGUUUCGAAAUUCUAUUUUACGAUAAGAUGAAUGUGUACGCCAACCUACAAGGAUUGCUUUAAUUUCAUUUCAUCGAAAGAACGUGCAGUAUGUACCGUUUGUGGUCAUAGCAUGGUAGCUACAUUAUAUCUUUUCGAUAUUUCUAAAGAAUGCGAUACAUUUGCAAAUGAUAAAGGGUAGCCUGACGUCACAAUUUAUUUAUGAAAUGGCAGGACUGUACGUUACUUUACUAAGCACUAAAAUAUUAAUGUGCACUGUACUCCAUCAUAACGAUCGAUUAUGGUUGGAUUUCGAACUAUGCAAAUGUCAGCAUAUCGAAAUACCGAAAAGUUAAAAUUUAAGCGCAACGUAAAGGAAUUGAAUAACUAUAUGAAAUCAAAAGGGAAAACGAGAUUUUUCUAAAUGGAUAAAAGAUGACCGUCUCUUAUCAAUACGAAGUUGCCAGCUCCACGAGCGGAGGAUUUACCAGACUUCUGCUUAUGUGGAGGGGUUCGCUCUACAAGCUUAUUUACAGAGAACUUGUACUCUUUGUGAUUAUGUUCGCAUCACUCUCGGCUAUUUAUCGUCAUGCUUUGACCGAUUUACAAAAGAGGGAAUUUGAGAAAUUCGUGAUAUAUUGUGAUACGUUCAUUAACUUAAUUCCUCUUAGCUUCGUGCUAGGAUUUUACGUGUCCCACGUAGCUGAUAGAUGGUGGAAACAAUAUAAUGCGAUACCUUGGCCGGAUAAGGUUAUGCAUCUAGUGGCACUUUAUGUUAGCGGAGAUGAUGAAUACGGUCGUAUGUUGCGGAGAGGUCUUAUGAGAUAUUUGAAUCUCUCCCUAAUACUUGUACUACGUUCCAUUAGUUCGGCGGUAAAAAGACGGUUUCCAACUCUCGAUCACGUGGUAGAUUCCGGUUUCAUGACUUCCUUGGAAUUGGAUUUAUUUCAAUCGGUACCAAGUCUCGAAUUCAAUACCUACUGGAUCCCAUGUACAUGGUUUAUCAAUCUGUUGAAGGAAGCACGUCGAAACCAUAGGUUGCCCGAUGCGCAAGGUUUAAAAAUAAUUAUGGAGGAAUUCAAUGAUUUUCGCUCUAAAUGUGGACUCUUAUGGAGUUAUGACUGGGUUUCCAUACCUUUGGUUUACACGCAGGUCGUGACCCUAGCAACGUACAGUUUCUUUGCAGUUGCACUUGUUGGUCGUCAAUAUAUCGAGGGAAAUCAAAAACAAUUUCAGCUAAAAGUUGACAUAUAUUGUCCUCUAUUCACGAUUCUACAAUUUUUUUUCUUCAUGGGUUUAUUAAAGGUAGCUGAACAAUUGAUAAAUCCUUUUGGCGACGAUGACGAGGAUUUCGAAUUGAAUUGGCUUAUUGAUCGUCAUGUCAAGGUAUCAUAUUUGGGCGUGGAUACUUUGAUGACUCGCUGUCCGCCUCUCGUAAAAGAUAUUUACUUUGAUGCAGAAAAUCUUAUCUUACCUUACACCGAAGCAGCAGCAGCUUACAAGAGAAAGACUUAUCGUGGCAGCGUUGCAGAUAUGCCGGUGCCAGAAGAAAAACAAACAAUGUUCUUACCAGGAAUAUUAGAAGAAGAGGAAGAACCCAGAAACACACCUCGUACGUCGAGUGCUAGUUUAGUAACGCAUACUGAUAGUCCAAUGACUGAAAAGCGCCAGAUUAGCGGGUCACCUCAAACAACUCCAUCGAUGGUUAGUAACUCUAGUGAAACGGUUCUUCAAUUAGAUAAUCAAGAACAACAACAACAACAACAACAACAACAGUGCGAAGCUGAGCAAGGCGAUCAACAACGCAGGCGUUUGACUGGUGCGAUGAGAAAAUUUUCAGCUAUUGCUAGGCAUGCGAAUCCACGAAUUGAGUCGAAUCGAAAGCCUUUCUUUGCAGCAAUAAAAACACCCAAGAUAUUGCUGCAACCUUGGCCGAGUGCCACCAACUUAUCAGGAAUAAACCGUCAUCGAGAUCCCGACACGCCCGCACCAUUCACUGCUCCUAAAAUACUAUGCGUCCCACCAGCUUUACAGAUUUCAUUUACCGACGAAGCCGAAGAUCAAGAGAAUCGCGAAGGUUUUGAUAACUCUGCUUUUUUUCAUGAAGACGUUGACGAUCGUUAUAUAGAGGAUCAGGACGAUAAUACAAUGGAUAAGUUAAGGAACGUUAAACAAUUUGAACGAUUCGUUUUAGCGGAUACUUCGGAAUGUUCAGAUGCGCAACUAGAAGCGAUAGAUCUACAGCGUUUCAGAGAAACUAUAAAACAGAGAUCAGAAAGCUUUUCUAACUAUCUUCUUCAAAGACAACGUUCUUCAACCGGAUCUAGCGAUAAGAAGGGUGUUCAUUGGAGAACAGAUGAGAGACGACCUUCGUUGCUGGCUCGUCGGAAAACCAUUCACAGCGUCCCAACUUCUCUGCAAAUCAUCAUACCACAAGCAAGGAGUUCACCAAACUUAACCAAUAUAGAAGUUGAAGAGAAAAAGAUAGUGAAGCUAGAUACUCCCGAUGAAUCUGAAAAGGAUACCAAAGUUUAAAUAUCGAUAUAAUUCAUAUAUAUUACAUAUUUGUGAGUACGAUAAAAUAUUUCAAUUUUGAUCGGUUUUUCCCGCCAUUAUUUAUCUUGUGCAACGUUUAUAUACUGAUUUAAAUAGGCUAAGUAUUAAUAUUAAUCUCUCUUCUUAUAGCAUUUGAUACAUUUGACGAAUUUUCUGCAACAUCAUGGUAAAUAUUAGUUCAGAGAAAUGAUCAUGUUUAUUUAUUUUUCCACUGGUUACAUAAUUUAUAAUUAAUCCAACCUCUUUCUCUCUCUCUCUCUUUCUCUUUCUUUCUCUCUAUCUCUCUUUCUCUCUUUCUUUCUUUCUCUCUCCCUCUCUCUCUCUCUCUCUCUCUCUCUCUCUCUCUCUCUCUCUCUCCCCCUCUCUUUCUACUUUUAUUGUUUUGAUAAAGGAGUAAAUUAUAAUAUAUUUCAUUUCAAUGCACUUCUAGAUCAUGAUCAACAUAGAUAGUAAUAUCUAUAAUGAAGACAAAACAGAUUUGAUCAAGUAAUAAAAAUAUAAAUAAUAUCUUUAAUGCACAUAUUUAUGAUAUUAUAUUGCUAUAAACCAUGUUAUGAUGCUAUAAAUUUAUUAGAAAUUUGUAAUAACAUUUUAACAUAUUAAUUUAUUUAAUCGUUUUACUGUCGGCCAAGAUUUAAAUAUUUAUAAAGAUAUAUUUAUUAGUUUCCAUCUCAGUAUUAUUAUAAAAUGACUGUAUUAUUAUAAAUUAAUUAUUUCUAUAAUUUGUAUAUGAUUCAAUUUAUGAUUUUUUAAAUUGUAAACAAUAACUAUUUGGCGGAAGAAGCUGUGCGAUUAAUAUAUUCUAUAUUUGUUGAAUAAUAGUACAUUUUAGAAUAAAUACUUAUAAUUAUUUUCAAAACAUUGGGAAUUGCUAUGUAUAUAUUGUAAAUAUUAGACCCCUGAAUGUUUCUUUAAACACAAUAGAAUAUUUCGUCAUUGUUGAUUAACUCCAAGCAUUUAUCUUCUUAUGUUCAUGAAUCUUUUAUGUAAUAAUAAAGGCAUGGAUUCUAAUUUGAUAAUUUAUUGUAUGUAUAACAAUUAAUAUAUAAUAAGUGUUAGUAAAU